AUGUCUAACAAGGGUGUUGUGUUGUUCAAAGCUUCAAAAGAAGAUGGAAAGGAUCUUUAUGUAGACCUUUUCCAACAGAAUGGUCUGUGUGCAAGAUGUAUCCCUGUGUUAAGAUUUGAUUUUCUCAACCUGGAUAUUCUUCAUGCAGCCUUACUACAACCAGAGAACUACAGUGGUAUCAUAUUUACCAGCCAGAGGGCAGUGGAAGCAGUGGAAAAGGCAGUUCAGAUGGUUGGCAGUGAGGAAGAUUGGACCAAAGAUUUAUCCAAAAAAUGGGCAAAACUCCCAGCAUUUGUUGUUGGAGAAGCCACAGCUGCUGCAGCUGCAUGCCUGUCAUUUACUACCAUAGGAGAAAACACAGGAAGUGCAGAGAGCCUGGUUCCCAUCAUUAGAGAAGCUGUGAAAAAAGGAGACAGGACACUGUUAUUUCCUUGUGGCAACCUUCGCAGAGAAACUCUACCCCAGAAGUUGGCAGAUGAAGGUAUAAACCUGAACAGUAUUACUGUCUACAAUACAAUAGCAGAUCCUAAUAUACAGGAGACUUUACUUCAGUAUAUACAGGAACAGACCGUACUAGAGCUUGCUUGA